GUUCACAUGAGAAUUCACACUGGAGAAAAACCGUUCACUUGUGAUCAGUGCGGGAAGAGUUUCACUCAAUCAUCAAGCCUUAAGAUACACAUCAACAUCCACACUGGAGAAAAACCAUACAAGUGUUCACACUGUGACAAGAGAUUCAGUCAGUCAGCAAAUCUGAAAACACAUGAGAGGCUCCACACUGGAGAAAAACCAUUCACUUGUGAUCAGUGCGGGAAGAGUUUCACAGUAAAAGGAAGCCUUACAGAGCAUAUAAGAGUUCAUACUGGAGAGAAACCAUUCACUUGUGAUCAAUGCGGGAAGAGUUUCACAAAAUCAUCAGCCCUUAAUGAACAUAUGAUCAUCCACACUGGAGAGAAGCGGCACACAUGUGAUCAAUGCAGCAAAACAUUUUUGAGAGCUUCAGUCCUGAAGAAACACCAGAGAAGGAUUCACACUGGAGAGAAACCUUACAAGUGUUCACACUGUGACAAGAGAUUCAGUCAUUCAUCAAAUCUGAAAACACACGAGAGGAUCCACACUGGAGAGAAACCAGUCAAUAAAUCUUUCACCUGCACUCAGUGUGGAAAGAGUUUCACACACAAAAGAAGUCUUGAUGUUCACAUGAGAAUUCACACUGGAGAAAAACCGUUCACUUGUGAUCAGUGCGGGAAGAGUUUCACUCAAUCAUCAAGCCUUAAGAUACACAUCAACAUCCACACUGGAGAAAAACCAUACAAGUGUUCACACUGUGACAAGAGAUUCAGUCAGUCAGCAAAUCUGAAAACACAUGAGAGGCUCCACACUGGAGAAAAACCAUUCACUUGUGAUCAGUGCGGGAAGAGUUUCACAGUAAAAGGAAGCCUUACAGAGCAUAUAAGAGUUCAUACUGGAGAGAAACCAUUCACUUGUGAUCAAUGCGGGAAGAGUUUCACAAAAUCAUCAGCCCUUAAUGAACAUAUGAUCAUCCACACUGGAGAGAAGCGGCACACAUGUGAUCAAUGCAGCAAAACAUUUUUGAGAGCUUCAGUCCUGAAGAAACACCAGAGAGUUCAUACAAAGGAGAAGCCACAUUCAUGUAAUUUGUGUGGAAAGAGUUUUUCAUGUCUACAAAAUUCAAAAGUACAUCAGAAAAUACAUACUGCUGUUAGAGAUUACAUGUGCUUUGAGUGUGAAAAGACUUUUACUUCAGCAAACUGUUUAAAACGGCACCAGAGGAUUCACACUGGAGAGAAACCUUACAAGUGUUCACACUGUGACAAGAGAUUCAGUCAUUCAUCAAAUCUGAAAACACACGAGAGGAUCCACACUGGAGAGAAACCGUAUCACUGCACUGCAUGUGGGAAGUGUUUCAUUCAAUUAACUUCUCUACGCAGUCAUACAAAAAACUAUCACAACAAGUAGAUCAUCUUCAGAUCCAGAACUUUCAGGUCUGAUGCUGCAUUAAUGCAUCAAGCAAUAAAAUAUCAUCUGGAUAAAUCUGUCCUAACCAGACAUUACAAGUGACAUGACAAAGAAACAUUAUCUAAAGUUUUCACGGUGAAUAAAGUUCAUCUUCAAAACC